AUGACACAUGCUGUGCCAGGUGACACCAACACCACCUACACCGUGCUCUCUCCCAACGUCCGCUGCUCCGAUGUCUUCCCGGUCUACGGCCUCACGCUCGCCCAGUUCCAAGACCAGAACCCAUCGGUGUCGUGUGCAGCACCCAUCCCACCCUCCACCGUUCUCAAUGUGGCCAGCCCAGCCUCUCUCAUCCCCUGCUCCGUCUUCUACACCACUCAGCAGGGCGACACCUGUGAGGGCAUAGCAGGCUACUUAGGGGUAGACUUCCAGGCGCUCAACCCCAGCUUGGACUGCACUGCCAACGGUGGGCUGCUGCAGCCUGAUCAGGCGGUGUGUGUGGAGCGCAUAAAGAAUAAUGUGGGGCUCAUCCCGGUGUGCUCCCAGUACUACCUGGUGCAGAGCGCAGAGACGUGCGAGUCCAUCCGCAAUGUGCCCUACCCCCCUCUGAGCCCCGUUGACUUCUUCCGUCUCAACCCCGGCAUCAAGUGCAACCGCCUCAUUCCAAACACUGAUGUUGGCAGCUUCACUGGGUUUGAGGCAUGCAUUGCGAGCGCCAUGUCGUACACUCAGGGCACGUGCCCGCGUGCGAAUGCAUAUGUGGUGGGGACAGGCGACAGGUGCACGGGCCUUCAGGUGAAGUACUUCCGGGGCAGCAAGGGCUGCUACAGGAAAGUCAACGGAUACGACUGCAUCGACAAGCUCGUCAAAUCAACCCGCGUGUGCCUGCCUGACAAAGUCAAGCUGAAGAAGGGAGUGUGCGACAACUGA